AUGCCCACAGGCGCACUACCCCUCAUGCCCACAGGCGCACUGCCUCUCAUGCCCACAGGCGCACUGCCUCUCAUGCCCACAGCACCGCAAACAUCUGCUGCUCCUCCUGCCAGCGGCGCUGCUGCUUUUGGGUUGGACCAGGGAGUGCAGUGGCAACCGCACCUGCCGCAGCAAGCGGAUUAUCACUACCUGCAAUCUCUGCAGCUGCCCCUGCAGCAGCAGCAGCACAAAAACCAGAAGCGGCAGGAUUAUCAUAUGCAGCUGCAGCAGGCAGCAGCAGCAGCAGCAGCAGAAGCAGGAAGAGCCGCAGUAGCCGUUGCAGCAGCAGCAGGGGCAUCCGCUGCGUCUCAGAGCGAUACGCACAGCAGCGUACUGAGCAGCGGCGGGCGGCACAGCCACCGUUCAGCGCACAGCAGCGCGCCGAGCACUGCCCUGAGCAGCUUGGCGCGCAGUGCCUCCAGCAGGGCGUCCUUCACUGCUGCCCACGUGGCAGGGGUGGGGCCGGAGAGGCCCCUGCACGUGGACGGGCUGCUGCCGGGCCCCAUGAGUGGCGCGAGGGAGGGCAUGCUGAAACAGCAGCUCAUGGCUCUCGCUGAAGCCAUGGCCGUUGAUGACUCGGUGCGAGGGGCUUGUGUGAGGUGGGGGGUGGGAGGUGGUGGGGAUGGUGGUAUGGUGCGGUGGCGGCAGUUCAUGCGGCAGGUGCGGAGGGAGGCGGCAGCGGGAGGGGACACGCUGCAGCGCAUCGCCUUCCAUGCGCUGGAGGCACUAGAGGCGCGCAUGGAUGGCACCGCGCUUGUCCGCGCCCACACCCCCAUGAACGUCACUGUUGAGGAUUCGAUGGCAGCGUUGGGUCACGGGGGCGAGCAUGGAGUGCCGGCAUUCAUGCACCUCGCCAACACUGCAGCCGUGCAUGAAGUCGUCCGCGCAUUCACCCACAACCCCCAUCCACCCGCACACGCACACGCACACGCCCCUCCCCUCCAGCCUGCCCCUCCCCCUGCCGCCACCUCUCCCUUUGCCGGCCAGUCCGCGCAGCGGCGGCGGCUGCACAUAAUAGCCAUUGGGUUCUACGGCGGGCCGCACUGGAUCAACAUCCUCAUGCGCCUCGCCACCCACUUGUCCAACCCCCCGCUCUUCCCCGACACCGCCAAUGACCUUCUGCCAAGUGGCAUCCCGGCAGGGGAAGCAGGGGCAGCACCGGGUGCAGCGGAUGACGAUGCGAUCGGUGCUCAGGGCGAAGCAGGGGCAUUUGGUGCAGGUUCAUCUGGGGGAGGUGCAACCGCAGCAGGUGCGUCUGGUGGAGGCAGCAGCAGGUUCACGAGCGCGGCUCCCUUCCCCACCUUCGUAUCGCCACACGUGAAAGUCACAGCCAUUGACUUCGGGGUAGUAAAAGUGGAGGAAUACCCAACCGGGCUGGUGCAUCUGGGGAAGGAGUACCUGGAGCAGGUGGCGUCCAUGCUGGACCUCCCUCUCACCUUCCACGGCAUAGAAACCACCCCCCAGAACUUCCACCCGUCACUAGUGGAGGUCGAACCGGGGGAGGAGAUUGUAGUGCUGGCUAAUUGGGGCCUCAUGGUCUUUCCAGACGACACGAUCGACAACGACGUGGACGCUAAUGGGCCCUUCUUCCUCUCGCGCUUCCACGCCUCAUUCCUGAACUUUGCUGCGCUCGUCGAGUCGUUCGACUGCUCCAUGCCGCACGCCGCCACACCGCGCUUCGUCGCGGAAACCAUUCUCGCGCGGGAUUUUCUGAACGGGGUGGCAUGCGAAGGCAUGAACCGGUAUGUACGUUCGGAGCGGCUCGGCAUGUGGGUGCAUCGGAUGAAAGCGGUGGGGCUGGAGGCGGUGCCGAUAGGGCCGGACACAGUGGCUGCUGGGAGGGAGGCCACGGAGGGCAGGGACAAGAGGUUCCGGUUAGAAGUGCAUGCUGAGACGGGCGCCCUGCAGCUCAGCUGGCGCGGCGUUCCCUUGAUCUUCGUCGCUGCCUGGAAAUGA